CAUUUGUGUCUCGGUCUGCUCGAUCGAAACCCACAGACACUGUUGAUCUCACACUUACACUUCGCCACCAGGCCAUAUCAAAUGCUCCACCAAUCUUUACAUGAUAUAUCUUAGUCACAUACUGGUGCUGCGAUGGCAAAAUUCUUUCAAGCAAUGCUUGAAUGCUUUGGGCUAACAAAGAGAAUUCUUGCAGUUAAUGCUGAUAAUGCGACCGCAAAUGAUUCUCAAACAACAAAGCUCGCGAGCCUCGAUAACUCAUUUGAGUCUGUCAACUGUGUUCGAUGUUUUAACCAUACUCUCCAGCUUGCUGCAAAAGCUUUGCUGAAGCCAUUCAACUCCGAGUCAUUGUCAGCAUCUGAAGCCGAUGAUGAUGUGGAUGGCAUUAGACUAUCUCUCCGUCCCAGUAACAUCAACUGCGGUUGAACGUGUCUUCUCGCAGGGCCGGCAGCUCCUUCAUUUUACUCGCAACCGGCUCGCACCAUCAACAAUUCCUGCUUUUCUCUG